UCUAGGAACCACCUGACCCGCCGAUCCAGCUUUGUAUACACCUAUCUACAGACGUAGCUGUACUGCUAUUAAACAUAGUGGAACCAUUCCUUGUUCAGUUAAGUAUAAGAAGGCGACAUACGAGCGUAUUGAUCAUGGCAUCACAGCGAUUCAAUGCGGCUGCUCGCUGAUUUCACCAUCAUAAUUGGUUUCUACGAGUAUUAAUAUACCAUACGCAUGGAAUAUUUGUGAGUUCGUAAUAUAAAUUGAUGGUCAUGUUUUAACAGGGGGGUUGACAGUCCGAACUUUGGACAUCACUCUGUAGACAAACUGAUUUCAGUCUUAAAGGUUAACAAACAAUGACAUAGCGGGAAAAAUUUGAAAAGGAAGUUCCGGAUAUUUGAGUUCUUUGAAAACCAUGGGUUGUAUAAAUGCCAAAAAAAGAAGGAAGGAGGCCUUGCGACAAGGACUUGAAAUUUCGUCAUCGAAAAGAAAAACCUACCUGAAGACCAACGAGGAAUCAGCAAACGGGCCCCCCUUCCACAGUCGGGACCCUGUCCCUCCAAUACCAAACUUAACGGAGCGACAAAAAGAGCUGAUAAUGCAAUCCUGGCAAAAAAUACAGGAAGACAUGUCAAAAGUAGGCGUUGUCAUGUUUAUGAGGUUGUUCGAAACGCACCCUGAUGUUCAAGACGUGUUCAUGCCAUUCAAAGGUUUGUCGCAAGACGAUCUCCGACACAGUUCACAACUUAGAGAGCAUGCGCUAAGGGUUAUGGGGACUGUUGAAAAAUGCCUGGCAAGAAUCAAUGAACCGAAAAAGAUGGAGGAAAUGCUCCAUGACCUAGGGACAAGACACGUGAUGUACAGCGCCAAAGUGGAUUAUGUUGACUUAAUCGGUCCGCAGUUUAUUUGGGCCAUGCAGCCGGCGCUGCAAGAUCAAUGGAACACUGAAUUGGAGGAAGCAUGGUCUGAUUUAUUUAAGAUGAUGGCGCACGUCAUGAAAAACGCCAUGCAGUUCUAAUCUGUACCAGGAUCUGUAAUACCUACCAGUGCCUAUAUAUGUACACCAAAGAUCCAGAUGAUGUUUGUACAGUACAGUUUGUUUUCAUGACAUUGUAAUAUGAACGAGUAUUAAGUUAAGUAUUAAGUGGAAGUUUCCUGCCUGGCCCAAACCUUUACCAUAUAUUAAAAUAUCAAUGAAUGUUUUUCAUGUCUUGUUUUCUGAUUGUAUACAUUUUUAUCAUAAACUGUCAGUAAAUAUUCA